AUGGAAAAACCACCUCCCCCAGAUUCUCUCUCCAGCUACUCAGAAGUCUCCUACUACGUGAGGAACAAGAUUGAGCUCUGUCUUCAAAACUACAUGAGCUUGGAAAGAACCGCAAACUAUCUUGAGAAGAAUCACCAGAUUAGCAAAACUCUCACACACUUAGUUUGGGAGCAGCUUCUGAAACAGAAUCCAGUUUUCUUCGUUAACUUCGACUUGAGACGCAAAACGGCUCUUCAUCUGAAGACGGUUAAUGAUUUGCUGACUAAGCAAGCUGUUCUGAUGUUCGAGAAUGGACUUCUUGAUAUCUCUGAUGCUUCAACUUCAGUUAGGUCUCUUCUUCGUCAAAAACACCCUGAAAGGAUUCAUGUUUUGGAGACCUUAGUUGCUCAGUCUCAGAGUACUUAUGCUCACCAAGAUCAAGUCCUCAAUCCUGCAAGCUUUGCAAUGCCUUAUGCAAAUGGUAUAUCAGUUGCUCAGUGGCAGAUUCCUAAUGAGCAGCUAAAUGAACACCUUUAUGCUACAAACUUACCAUUGCCUGCUACAAAUGCUAUAGCAGUGAUGCGGAUGCCUAUUCCUUAUGACCAGCAAGAUCAACACCUUUACACAGCAAGCUUACCAUUGCCAACUGCAAAUGGUCCAUCAAAUAACUCUCUUGGAGCUCCAACAUUUCCACCAGUAGAUACUGAUGAUUUGUCUCUUCUACUUAAUGAUCCUGCAUGUAAAGAGAAGACUCCACCUUACUCUCUGUCUUUCUCGUUGCAUUAA